GGAUCGGGGAGCAGAGGACCGGGAUCGCUGAGGGACUCACUGGACUCACAGCGACCUUUCACUGCUGGAGUCCACCAGAAAAAAUCCCAAAUAUCCAGAAAGCGUCCGAGCAGUUCGUGGAAUUCUGCUGGAAUAUUGAUCGGGAAACUUUGGCUCGGACCACACCACGGCACUGCGGACAAACAAACUCGGACUCAGACCCAUGCUGCCAGGCCCGGAGCAAGGCCCAGUGUGUGGAUGUGUGUGAAUAUGUACGUCUGAGUGCCUCGAAGCGCGUGUUUUGAGACUGCCGUGUGCCUUUGAGUGAGCCAACGUCUUGCUGUGUGAGUGCUGGUGUGAGGAUGAGGGCCGUCACUCUGCUGUGUCUCCUGAUGGUCGCGGAGGUCGGAGCCUCUCGCUUCAUCCGUGACUCCCAGGGCAGCUCCGAAGCUUCAGAACCCUCAAAGAACAACGCCUCCGUCCCGCUUCCGCCCCUACAGCCGGCCCGGCCGCGGGGCUCCUCCCCCCCCAUGUGCAUAAAGCCCUUUGAGAUCAAGUACGCCUUCAAGUACGUCAACACCAUUGUGUCCUGUCUGAUCUUUGUGGUGGGGAUCAUCGGCAACUCAACGCUGCUCAGGAUCAUAUAUAAGAACAAGUGUAUGAGGAAUGGACCCAAUGUCCUGAUCGGCAGCCUGGCGCUGGGAGACCUGCUUUACAUUAUUAUCGCCAUCCCCAUCAACGUGUUUAAGCUAAUAGCCGAGGACUGGCCGUUCGGCGUGUAUGUUUGCAAGCUGAUGCCGUUCAUCCAGAAAGCUUCGGUGGGGAUCACUGUCCUCAGCCUGUGCGCCCUCAGCAUUGAUCGCUACCACGCCGUGACGUCAUGGAGCAGGGUGAAGGGGAUGGGGAUCCCUCUGUGGAAAGCAGUGGAGGUGACCCUGAUCUGGCUGGUCGCCGUGCUGCUCGCAGUCCCUGAGGCGCUGGCGUUCGACAUGUUGGAGAUACCGUACAGGGGCAACAAGCUGCGCGUGUGUAUGCUGCAUCCAGAGCAGACCACCAGCUUCCUGAAGUUCUACCAGGAUGUGAAAGACUGGUGGCUGUUCGGCUUCUAUUUCUGCUUCCCACUGGCCUGCACGGGAAUCUUCUACACGCUCAUGUCCUGUGAGAUGCUCAGCCGUAAAAAAGGCAUGCGCAUCGCACUCAACGACCACAUGAAGCAGCGGAGGGAAGUGGCGAAGACGGUGUUCUGCCUCGUGUUAAUUUUUGCUCUCUGCUGGCUGCCCCUUCAUCUCAGCCGCAUUCUGAAGAAAACAAUGUAUGACCAAAAUGACCCGAACCGCUGCGAACUGCUCAGCUUCCUGUUAGUGAUGGAUUACAUUGGCAUCAACAUGGCCUCCCUAAACUCCUGCAUUAACCCGAUUGCCCUCUACUUUGUCAGCCAGAAGUUCAAGAACUGCUUCCAGUCUUGCCUGUGCUGCUGGUGCUACAGAACGUCUUCGUUGGACGAACGAGGACGCUGGAAGGGCUCUUGUCACGGGAACGGACUAGACCGUUCCAGCUCCCGCUCCAGUCAGAAAUACACAAGCUCUUCAUAAACACACAAACACACACACACACACACACAUACACACACACACACGAAUCACACACCGCUUCUGCCAAACCCAUGUUCCUAUCAGCUCCCAUCACGGAGAAAAAGCGCCGUUACUGCCAACAGACCGGGAAAGGGAAAGCUGGAGCGAGGUAGAAGGAGGAGGUAGAAGACUGAGAUAAAAAAGGAUCAACCCAAACUGAUGAAUGAAGUAGCAGGACUGUACCUGUCCAGGCUGUAAUGUUAACUACAAAAACAAUGACGCAAGGCUGCAUAAAUCUGUUCAUACUCCCACACUGAGGCUUGUGUAGAAGACGAAAAGUCUCUCAGUGGACCAACAUGGUAAAUGCAUUUAUGAACAAUGUCUAUUAACCACAUGUAAAUUUAUGUACAGGAUUAUCUACAUGCAGUUUGCAGACGUAUGAUUAGAUGUAGCCUCAGUGCUUUAUGUAUGAGUAGCAGCUCCGAUAAGUACUACCUGUUGAAGCUUUGAUACCUCACGGGGAAAGAUAGAGGGAAACUGUGAUCCUGAGCUGUUUUCCAACUUUUCUGAGCCCCUGCAUAUGAACGCAAUCAGUAGCUGAUUAUCUGACAGUCCGCCGCAUGUUGUCACUGAGCUCUUCAGUGACCGUGUGCCUUGCUGACAUCACACCAGGGUAACAGGAGGCCCACUGUGUGGCUGACAGUCAUGUGGCGAGGCGAACAUCGGACAUAUUUUAUCUGGAAAUCAUCAAUGCUUCAAGUCAUGUGGAGGGCAGCUGUUGUCCGAGAGCGCUGACAAAUACCAGAUGAUUCCCAUCCUGCUAGGCUGAAGAGGUCAUUAUUGGGCCUGUUAUUACUGCGGUGUUCAUGCUGUUGUAAGUGGUCUCUGUUUCCACUGUGUUUAAAGUCUUAACCUGUCUCUUACAAUGUAGCUUUAUUUUUAUAAGAAAAUAUCCCAAAAACACAUGAAGCUUGUUUAAUCUUUCAACACGAGGUGUUUGUUUAUUAUUUCCCCAAACUUUUUCUCCAGUGAGCGGUCAUGUUACAUAGAUAAUGUUCCUGCAGCUGGAAAUUACUUAGAGCGCAGAGCUGUGCGAGGAAAACAUUUUCCAAACUCAAUCCUCUUGAAAGCUUUGGGAAGGAAGCAGAAAUCCUGCACAGAUGGAUGUUUUUCAGAGAGGUGUUUAUAGAGGAGAUUGCAUUUCUUCAUGUAAUGGCCUUAGAAAUUAUUUAGAUUUUUCCCAUUAAAUGUAAUCCAGGACUUUUGGCUGAUUUCAUGUAUUUAAGCAGCAUCAUUUGUGAAAGAGAGAUGCAAGCUCAAGAAGGAUCCUAUGAUGGGAUAUGCACAACACAGUAAGAAAAAUGUGUUCAGUACUUGGUAAUUACAUUCUUGUGACAAACCUUGUGAUGGCAACCUGUCAAGAAAAAAAUAAUGUACACCAUUUGACGGCUAACCCCAUCAGAGGGAACAAUGGAUUGCGUGCUCUCUGCAUCAUCACGUGGGAAAAUGAAUGCAAGCCUGCUUUAAACCUAGAUGAAUCAAAGUUUUCAACACUGGCAGUGCUGAGAGCGUGUACUGAUGAUACAAACACAAGACAAAGCCACUUUAUCUGCUGCUCUUUUUGGCUCCCAGUACAUCAUGAAUAAGAUAAUGGUGUUCUGAAUUUGCUACGUCAAACUAAGGAGCAAAAAGUGUCCUUUCAAAACCAAAUUUGUGCUGAGAAACUGGACAAGCUGUGUGUGUGUUCACACUGAAGCAUUUUUAAAUGAACUUGAUUUAUCUAUAUAGUUGUCUGGACAAAAUGUUUCCUCUGGCGCCGAUCAUGCAGUAUGUGACUCAUUAACUCAUCACUUCUAUUUAUGCCAUCUUUGCUGUGCUGUUAGCUCCACCUAAAGGCACCUGUGUACUGGAGGGUCUGAACAGCUUCAUAGAGGGGCCACCAAGCUAUGACAUGUAGAAGUAAUGUGAGGUUGAAGAUAAAGUGUAAUGUGAAUAUUGGCCCUGAUGUUUUAAAUGACAUUUAUACUGUAUGUAUGUGCUGAGGGUAUGCAGCAAUAAAUAUUAUU